CUCUCUCCCCAGCCUUCGUGUGCUAACCUGGGGAUGAUGUGGACCUGGGCACUGUGGAUGUUCCCUUCACUCUGCAAAUUCAGCCUGGCAGGAAAAAUUUAACCUGCACUUGGAGUCCAGGAAAGGAAACCAGUUAUACCCAGUACACGGCUAAGAGAACUUAGCUGGAGUGCAGUGGCGUGAUCUCAGCUCACUGCAACCUCUAUCUCCCAGGUUCAAGCGAUUCUCCUGCCUCAGCCUCCCAAGUAGCUGGAAUUACGGGUGCACACCACCAUACCUGGCCAACUUUUGUAUUUUUAGUAGAGACAGGAUUUCACCUUGUUGGCCAGGCUGGUCUCGAACUCCAGACUUCAAGUGAUCCACCCACCUCAGCUCCCAAAGGUGCUGAGAUUACAGGUAUGAGCCACUGUGCCUGUCCUUUUUAACAAAAAUUUUUAACAUAGCUCAUUACUUCCUUCUUGUGAAUAAUGAAUAAGGGGGCCCAUGUUGGGAAGCAUUGUAAGAUGAUCUUUAGUCUUUUUCAUUUCAAAACAGUCUGUGAUUCCAAAUUCUUUGUUUUUAAGCAAAAUCUCACGUUGCAAGGGAAGUCCACUGUAUGUUUUCAGUGGAAGAAAUGAAAAAAAGCAAGCAGUAUUCUCUGCAGCACUGAUGUAGCUACGAGCACCUAUGUCAGAGAGAUGCUUUAAAAUAAGAGUCAGCAAAUUUCUCCUCUAAAGGGCCAGAUGCGCUUUUGGAGAAAAACAUGAUAAUUGUACAACCAAUAGUUCUACAAGUGAAAAUCGUGCUUCGUGCUCUUUUUUCCUUCCAAGAAUAACGAUCCCAGAUAAUUAUACCAUUGAGGUGGAAGCUGAAAAUGGAGAUGGUGUAAUUAAAUCCGAUAUGACAUAUUGGAGAUUAGAGGACAUAGCGAAAACUGAACCACCUCGGAUUUUCAGUGUGAAACCAGUUUUGGGCAUCAAACGAAUGAUUCAAAUUGAAUGGAUAAAGCCUGAGUUGGCACCUGUUUCAUCUGAUUUAAAAUACACACUUCGAUUCAGGACAGUCAAUAGUACCAGCUGGAUGGAAGUCAACUUCGCUAAGAACCGUAAGGAUAAAAACCAAACCUACAACCUCACGGGGCUGCAGGCUUUUACAGAAUAUGUCGUAGCUCUGCAAUGUGCAGUCAAGGAGUCAAAGUUCUGGAGUGACUGGAGCCAAGAAAAAAUGGGAACGACUGAGGAAGAAGCUCCAUGUGGCCUGGAACUGUGGAGAGUCCUGAAACCAGCUGAGGCAGAUGGAAGAAGGCCAGUGCGGUUAUUAUGGAAGAAGGCAAGAGGAGCCCCAGUCCUAGAGAAAACACUUGGCUACAACAUAUGGUACUAUCCAGAAAACAACACUAACCUCACAGAAACAAUGAACACUACUAACCAGCAGCUUGAACUGCGUCUAGGAGGCAAGAGCUAUUGGGUGUCUAUGAUUUCUUAUAAUUCUCUCGGGAAGUCUCCAGUGGCCACCCUGAGGAUUCCAGCUAUUCAGGAAAAACCAUUUCAGUGCAUUGAGGUCAUGCAGGUCUGCCUUGCUGAGGACCAGCUAGUGGUGAAGUGGCAAAGCUCUGCUCUAGACGUGAACACUUGGAUGAUUGAAUGGUUUCCGGACGUGGACUCAGAGCCCACCACCCUUUCCUGGGAAUCUGUGUCUCAGGCCACGAACUGGACAAUCCAGCAAGAUAAAUUAAAACCUUUCUGGUGCUAUAACAUCUCUGUGUAUCCAAUGUUGCACGACAAAGUUGGCGAGCCAUAUUCCAUCCAGGCUUAUGCCAAAGAAGGCGUUCCAUCAGAAGGUCCUGAGACCAAGGUGGAGAACAUUGGCGUGAAGACGGUCACGAUCGCAUGGAAAGAGAUUCCCAAGAGUGAGAGAAAGGGUAUCAUCUGCAACUAUACCAUCUUUUACCAAGCUGAAGGUGGAAAAGGAUUCUCCAAGACAGUCAAUUCCAGCAUCUUGCAGUACAGCCUGGAGUCCCUGCAACGAAAGACCUCUUACACUGUUCAGGUCAUGGCCAGCACCAGUGCUGGGGGAACCAACGGGACCAGCAUAAAUUUCAAGACAUUGUCAUUCAGUGGCUUUGAGAUUAUCCUUAUAACUUCUCUGAUUGGUGGAGGCCUUCUUAUUCUCAUUAUCCUGACAGUGGCAUAUGGUCUCAAAAAACCCAACAAAUUGACUCGCCUGUGUUGGCCCAGCGUUCCCAACCCUGCUGAGAGUAGUAUAGCCACAUGGCGUGGAAAUGAUUUCAAGGAUAAGCUAAACCUGAAGGAGUCUGAUGACUCCGUGAACACAGGAAACAGGAUCUUAAAACCAUAUUCCACCCCCAGUGACAAGUUGGUGAUUGACAAGUUGGUGGUGAACUUUGGGAAUGUUCUGCAAGAAAUCUUCACAGAUGAAGCCAGAAUGGGUCAGGAAAACAAUUUAGGAGGGGAAAAGAAUGAGUACGUGACCUACCCCUUCAGGCCUGACUGUCCCCUGGGGAAAAGUUUUGAGACGCUCCCAGUUUCACCUGAGAUUCUGCCCAGAAAAUCCCAAUACCUACGUUUGAGGAUGCCAGAGGGGACCUGCCUGGAAGCCAAAGAGCAGCUUCUCUUUUCUGGUCAAAGUUUAGUACCAGAUCAUCUGUGUGAGGAAGGAGCCCCAAAUCCAUAUUUGAAAAAUUCAGUGACAACCAGGGAAUUUCUUGUGUCUGAAAAACUUCCAGAGCACACCAAGGGAGACGUCUAAAUGCGACCAUAGCAUGAGACCCAUGGGGCCUCAGUGUGGAUGACUCUUGCCAGAGAAGAUAUCAAGACUCGGCAUGCAGCGCUUGCUUGGCCCCGCCACAUCCUGCCUGGGUUAAAGUCUCCCCUGCCCCUGAGCUGCCAGUUGAACUUGGUCGGCACAGAUGUGACCUUGUACUGGGAAGAAGGGAUGGUGAUAAGCCCGAGUUUUGUAAAGGAAAAGCAAUCUCUUUUCUUUUGUUUAGAUACCAAGCUCUCACCGAGGCCUCCUGACAGAUUGACUUUGGAGGAAGGGCCCAGGUUCUGAGC